AUGGAAGAAGCCAGUCUGUGCCUUGGAGUGUCCUCGGCGGCGCCGGAAGCAGAGCCCCAUCUAAGCGGCCCCGUCCUCAACGGCCAGUAUGCCAUGAGUCAGAAGUUGCACCAGAUCACCUCCCAGCUCAGCCAUGCUUUCCCCGAGCUACAUCCGCGGCCCAACCCCGAGGAGAAGACCCCCGCGCCUCUCGACGAGAAGGCCCACGUGCCCAUGAGUGGCCAGCCCAUGGGCAGUCAGAUGGCGCUCCUGGCCAACCAGCUGGGCCGGGACGUGGACACCAGCCUCAACGGGCGGGUGGAUCUGCAGCAGUUCCUCAACGGUCAGAACCUGGGCAUCAUGUCCCAGAUGAGCGACAUCGAGGACGACGCCCGCAAAAACCGGAAGUACCCGUGCCCACUGUGCGGCAAGCGCUUCCGCUUCAACAGCAUCCUCUCUCUGCACAUGCGCACUCACACCGGCGAGAAGCCCUUCAAGUGCCCGUACUGCGACCACCGGGCGGCGCAGAAAGGGAACCUCAAGAUCCACCUGCGGACCCACAAGCUGGGCAAUCUUGGGAAGGGGCGCGGGCGGGUGCGCGAGGAAAACCGCCUGCUGCACGAGCUGGAGGAGAGGGCUAUCUUGCGGGACAAGCAGAUGAAGAGCAGCCUGCUUCAGCCCCGUCCCGACCUGAAGCCCCUGGCGCACGCCCAGCAGGCCCCGCUGGCCGCCUGCAACCUGGCCCUGCCCACCAACCACAGCGUGCCCGACGUGGCCAACACAGUGCCCUCGCCCAAGCCAGCCAGCGUGCAGGAGGAUGCGGUGGCCCCCGCCGCUGGCUUCCGCUGCACCUUCUGCAAGGGCAAGUUCAAGAAGCGGGAGGAGCUAGACCGCCACAUCCGCAUCUUGCACAAGCCCUACAAGUGCACGCUGUGUGACUUCGCCGCCUCGCAGGAGGAGGAGCUCAUAAGCCACGUGGAGAAGGCCCACAUCACGGCCGAGUCGGCCCAGGGCCAGGGCCCCAACGGCGGCGGGGAGCAGUCUGCCAACGAGUUCCGCUGCGAGGUGUGUGGGCAGGUGUUCAGCCAGGCGUGGUUCCUGAAGGGCCACAUGCGGAAGCACAAGGACUCCUUCGAGCACUGCUGCCAGAUUUGCGGCCGGCGCUUCAAAGAGCCCUGGUUCCUAAAGAACCACAUGAAGGUCCACCUCAACAAGCUGUCCGUGAAGAACAAGUCCCCCAGCGACCCCGAGGUGCCUGUGCCCAUGGGCAGCAUGUCCCAAGAGGCCCAUGCCAACCUGUACUCCAGGUAUCUCUCCUGCCUGCAGAGCGGCUUCAUGGCCGCAGACAAAGCCAGCCUGAGCGAGCCCAGCCAGCUCUACGGCAAAGGUGAGCUGCCCCUGAAAGAGAAGGAGGUGGUGGGGAAGCUGCUGACCCCCAUCUCCAGCAUGGCCCACGGUGUCCCUGAGGGCGACAAGCACUCCCUCCUAGGAUGCCUCAACCUGGUGCCGCCGCUGAAAUCCAGCUGCAUCGAGCGGUUGCAGGCGGCGGCCAAGGCUGCUGAGAUGGACCCCGUGAACAGCUACCAGGCUUGGCAGCUCAUGGCCAGGGGCAUGGCCAUGGAACACGGCUUCUUGUCUAAAGAGCACCAGCUACAGCGCAACCACGAAGACACUUUGGCAAACGCCGGAGUUCUGUUUGAUAAGGAGAAGCGGGAGUACGUGUUAGUGGGAGCAGAUGGCUCCAAGCAGAAAAUGCCUGCUGAUUUGGUUCACAGCACUAAAGUGGGCAAUCAGAGAGACCUGCCAAAUAAGCUCGACCCUUUAGAAGGCAGUCGGGAUUUUUUGUCACACGGGCUCAACCAGGCUCUCGAGUAUAACCUGCAGGGUCCCGGGAGCCUGAAGGAGAAGCCCACCGAGUGCCCGGAUUGCGGCCGAGUGUUCCGCACCUACCACCAGGUGGUCGUGCACUCCCGCGUGCACAAGAGGGACCGCAAGGGUGACGAGGAUGGGCUGCACGGGGGCCCCGACGAGCGGCGCGGCUCGGGCAGCGACCAGGAGUCCCAGUCGGUGAGCCGCUCCACCACGCCCGGCUCCUCCAACGUCACCGAGGAGAGCGGGGUCGGAGGCGGGCUCUCGCAGACCGGGAGCGCCCAGGAGGACAGCCCGCACCCCUCCUCGCCGUCCUCCUCAGACAUUGGCGAGGAGGCUGGGAGAUCGGCCGGCGUCCAGCAGCCCGCACUGCUUCGUGACAGGAGCCUAGGAUCAGCCAUGAAGGACUGCCCAUACUGUGGGAAAACCUUCCGGACAUCCCAUCACCUAAAGGUCCACCUGAGGAUACACACAGUGUGUGUCCACACCAUAACCAGCGGGAGGAAAGGAAGUGACUUGUACCCACAAGGUGAGAAACCCUACAAAUGCCCCCACUGUGAUUAUGCCGGUACCCAAUCAGCUUCCUUAAAAUACCACCUAGAACGGCACCACCGGGAGCGGCAGAAUGGAGCUGGGCCACUGUCUGGGCAGCCCCCGAACCAAGACCACAGGGACGAGCUGUCCAACAGAGCCGCUUUGUUUAUCAGGCCAGACAUCCUGCGGGGCGCCUUUAAGGGGCUCCCCGGAAUCGACUUCAGAGGUGGUCCUGCGUCUCAGCAGUGGACGUCAGGAGCGCUCUCAUCCGGAGAUCACACAGGACAGGCCAGUGGCAUGUCUUCUGAGGCUCCUUCAGACACCCUGAAAGGCACUGACCUUCCUUCCAAAAGCACCCACUUCUCCGAAAUCGGGAGAGCUUAUCAAAGUAUCGUGAACAACGGUGUGAAUUUCCAAGGGUCCUUGCAGGCGUUCAUGGACAGCUUUGUCCUAAGCUCCUUGAAGAAGGAGAAGGACUUGAAGGACAAAGCCCUCUCUGACCCUCCUUCCAUGAAGGUCCACGGGGCGGAUGGUGGCGAGGAGAAGGUGGGCGGCAGGGUGGCCCCCAGGAAGUCUGAGAAGUCUCAGUAUGAGCCCCUGGACUUGUCUGUGCGGCCGGACGCUGCCUCCCUCCCGGGCUCCUCGGUGACUGUGCAAGACAGCAUUGCGUGGCACGGCUGCUUGUUUUGUGCUUUCACAACGUCCUCUAUGGAGCUGAUGGCCCUUCAUCUCCAGGCCAACCACCUGGGCAAAGCGAAACGCAAAGAUAACACUAUCGGGGUGACAGUCAAUUGCAAAGACCAAGCCCGGGAGGCCAGUAAAGCGGCCUUGCUGCCCUCGGUACAAUCAAACAAAGAGAUGGCGCUUUCCACCAUGAUGGGACCUCUAGACUCGGCUUCCGAGAAGAUGGCCCAAGGACAGGUCAAAGAGACUCUGGGGGAGCAGAAGGGCGGCCCAUGGCCCAGCCACGUGGACCCCUCAUUCUGUAGCUUCCCAUCAGACUUCUACAAGCAGUUCGGUGUUUACCCAGGCCUGCUGGGCUCGGGGGCUGCCAGCUCCUGCCCCAACAGGGAGCCCGACGGGAAGGCCCACUCCGAAGAUGACGCCCCGAUCCUGAUCCCCGAAACCACAAAUAAGAACACUACUGAUGACCUCUCGGACAUCGCCUCCUCGGAGGACAUGGACUCCUCCAAGGGAGAAAACAACGAGGAAGAGGAUAUUGACACAGAGCCGGAGGUGAUGAGCAAGCCGCCUGCCCUGAGCAAGGACGGGGGCAGCGACAGUGGCGACAGCCUGCUGCCCACAGGCGCCCCACAGCCUGUCCAGGGACUGGUCUCCCCUCUGCCCCAGGCGUCGGAGAAGCAAUGGCACAGCCCGGGCCUUCUUCCAGCCCAGGACCCCACGGCAGGCCUGCCCAAGCCGGAGCGGGGCCCCCAGGGCCUGGAGAAGCCGAUGAACGUGCUGUCGGUCCUCAGGGCCUAUAGCUCUGAUGGCUUAGCAGCCUUUAACGGACUUGCAAGCAGCACAGCAAAUUCUGGAUGUAUCAAGAGGCCAGACUUGUGUGGUCACAGGCCUUUCCAGUGCCGCUACUGUCCCUACAGUGCCUCUCAGAAGGGAAAUCUGAAGACCCACGUCCUCUGUGUCCAUCGCAUGCCUUUUGACAACAGCCAAUACCCUGACCGCAGGUUCAAGCGCUCCAGAGUCGACUCGGAGGCUUCUGGGAAUUUCGAAGACCCCGCAGCUGUCAAGGCGGGGAGCUCAGCAGAGUUAACGGAGGAAGGCAGCAAGGCCCAGGAGGAGCGCAACUGA